AUUAAUAUAUUCUAAACACACACACAAUGGUAUUCGGAUUCGGUAAAGACAAGGACAACAACGAUAACGACAACGACGACAGAAGAGGAAACUCUGACUCUUACGGAUCUUCCGGUCGUGAUAACUCUGACUCGUAUGGUUCUUCCAACACCGACUCUUAUGGUUCCUCUGGUCGUGACAACUCUGACUCUUAUGGAUCUUCCAAGUCUGAUUCUUACGGUUCUUCUAACACUGAUUCUUAUGGAUCUUCCGGUCGUGAUAACUCUGACUCUUACGGUUCAUCCAAGUCAGACUCCUACGGCUCUUCUGGUCGUGACAACUCAGACUCUUAUGGUUCAUCCAAGUCUGAUUCUUACGGUUCUUCUAACACUGAUUCUUAUGGAUCUUCCGGUCGUGAUAACUCUGACUCUUACGGUUCAUCCAAGUCAGACUCCUACGGCUCUUCUGGUCGUGACAACUCAGACUCUUAUGGUUCAUCCAAGUCUGAUUCUUACGGAUCAUCCAAGUCCGAUUCUUACGGCUCUUCCGGCCGUGAUAACUCUGACUCUUACGGCUCAUCCAAGUCAGACUCUUACGGCUCUUCUGGCCGUGAUAACUCCGACUCUUACGGAUCCUCUGGUCGUGGUAAUUCUGACUCCUAUGGAUCUUCUGGUCGUGGUAACUCUGACUCCUACGGAUCCUCCAACCAAGACGAUGACUACUAAACAUUC